CUCUCAUAUAAAUUUUUAUUUUUCUGUUACCCCAAUUUGCUCGCGUUGCUCGCAUCCUCGAGCCCCAAUCUCUGCUUCCCUCACAUCAUCUUCUCUUUCUCGCUAUUGCUCUCCAAGGAAGUUGCAGAUUUUCUUUCCCUUUUAUAAGUUGUCAGCGCCCGGUGUUGGGGACGCCGCAGAUGCACUUGCUGAGCUGAAGAAAAGGAGGGGAGGAGAAGAUAAUUUAGGUUAGAUUACUAAAGUUUGACUUGCGUUCAUGUCUGGGAUCUCUACUGAAGAGCACGAGGCAGGAGGAAGUUCAUCGCUUACUGAGGGCAUGUCUUCUGGUCAACGGUGCCAAUCUAUUGACUCUCUUGCAGAAUGGCGUUCUAGUGAGCAGUUGGAAAAUGGAAUACCUUCCACUUCGCCUCCUUUCUGGGACACCGAUGACGAUGAUGAAUGUGGACCUAAACCCUCUGAGCUCUAUGGAAAAUUUACUUGGAAGAUCGAAAAUUUUCGACAGUUGAACAAACGCGAGUUGCGAAGCAAUAUUUUUGAAGUUGGCGGUUACAAAUGGUAUAUUUUGAUAUAUCCACAGGGUUGUGAUGUCUGCAAUCAUCUCUCUUUGUUUCUCUGUGUUGCUAAUCACGACAAACUUCUUCCAGGAUGGAGUCAUUUUGCACAGUUUACAAUAGCUGUAGUAAACAAAGAUCCAAAGAAAUCCAAGUUCUCUGAUACAUUGCACCGCUUUUGGAAAAAAGAACAUGAUUGGGGUUGGAAAAAGUUUAUGGAGAUCAGUAAGGUUUAUGAUGGCUUUGUAAAUGAUGAUAAUCUCGUGAUCAAAGCUGAAGUUCAAGUAAUUAGGGAGAAAGCAAACCGCCCCUUCCGUUGCCUCGACUGCCAAUAUAGGAGGGAACUAGUUCGUGUAUAUUUAUCAAAUGUGGAGCAAAUCUGUCGACGUUUUAUUGAAGACAGAAAAAAUAAACUGGGAAAGAUGAUUGAAGAUAAAAUGAGAUGGUCAAGUUUUCAUGCCUUCUGGACAGGAAUUGACCAAACUUCAAGGCGAAGGAUGUCAAGGGACAAGUCAGAUACCAUACUAAGAGUAGUUGUCAAACACUUUUUUGUGGAGAAAGAAGUUACUUCUACCUUAGUUAUGGAUUCACUUCACAGUGGUUUAAAGGCUCUUGAACACCACAGUAAGAACAAGAAAGGGAAAUUAAAAAUAGAAAUGGAGGAUUCAUCAGAUCCAAUGGUUCGAGUUGAGAAAGAUAUGUUUGUUCUUGAUGAUGAUGUUGUACUAUUGCUUGACAGAGUAGCAUCAGAGCCCCUUCCCACAACUUCUUUGCCUCCCAAGGAUGACAAGGUGUCGCUGAACCGUGCUAAAGAAGGCAGUUGUUGUGAGGAGUUCAAUAAGGAGUCUAUUGAACGUGAUGAAAGACGUCUAACAGAGUUGGGUCAAAAAACUAUAGAAAUUUUUGUCGUUGCUCAUAUUUUCAGCAGUAGAAUUGAAGUUGCCUACCAAGAGGCUGUUGCUUUGAAGAGACAAGAGGAGCUGAUUCGAGAGGAGGAAGCGGCUGGCCAAGCUGAACAUGAGCUCAAGGCGAAGCGUGCUGCUGCUGAUAAGGAAAAGCGGAAGAAAAAGCAGCCUAAACAGAAGCGGAAUAACCGUAAAAGUAAGGAUCAACAGAGGGACUUGAGACCUGUCAUGACAACGAAGGAAAGACAACCAGAAAAUUCUGCGGAUGACAUUGUUUCUUGCGAAUUGUCUCCCAACCGGGUACAGUUUAUGAGUGAGAAGAUGGACACACUUGAAGAUGCUUCUGAUGUCUCCUAUGCCGGGGAAGAUGCUACGGAGCCCAUUCAUCCCGAUUUAGAUGAUAGAGAUGGUAGUCCUGUGAAUUGGGACACUGAUGCUUCAGAAGUACAUCCUUGCAUUGAAGCUAGAUCAAGUGGAAAUUCGAACGGGCCACCAGAAAAGAGAAGUCCUAUCAUUGAUGACAGCUCUUCGACCUGUUCAACUGAUUCAGUGCCUUCAGUUGUAUCAAGUGGCCCUUAUAAAGGAUUUUCUGGGCAAAACAGCAGAAGCCAUACUUCGCCUAAUCGGGGAAAGAAUCCGCUUGGCAAAGGCUUGCUAAAUCAAGAAUCUGCCGGUCAUUUUGAUGAUACGCUUGGAAGUGGUAGUUCUUGCCAUGGCAUGGAGACAGAUGCUGCUUAUUUGAAGCAUUCUAAACUUUACACUGAAAAGCAUCUGAUUGAAAAGCGUGAAGAAUCUGCAACUGUGCAAAAGAAAAUAGUUGUUAAAGAUGAAGAAGAGGCAAAGAGCUUGUCAUCGAACUCGUCUUUAGAAGCAUCAUCUGCUUCAGUGCGUUUGGGGAGGAAGACAAAUCUACUUUUGCAGCAGCCAAAGAAAAUUCUGGAAAGUAGCACAACUGCAUCGAAUACCACGGCAACUCAACUAGCUGAACCUGUUCUGGUUAAAGAGCCUUCUGCAACUAAUACCAAUCAGAAUGCGAAGUCAGCUGCUGCUAUAGCGUCAAAGUCACCACAAUCUUCUAGUUCUAAAUCUGAAGCUCAAAGAAUCGCUUCCAUAAUCAUAGCAAAGAGCACAACGGCUCAGCCUUCCAAUGCAAUCUCAAGGCCUUCAACCGCCCCUCUCAUCCCAGCCGCAUCAAGGCCAACCAGACCUAUUAUUUCCAAAGUGCAGAAGCUGCCACUACUUUCAAGGUCUGUUAGUGCUGCUGGUCGGCUUGGAACCGAUCCUUCUCCAUCUACUUCGAGUUGUGUUCCUCAAUCAUACCGCAAUGCCAUCAUUGGAAAGACCACAAUGGGAUCUAAUGCAGCUGGGUUUUCUCAUUCUGCUUCAGUCUCAUUCAGCGAAGCACCAAGUACAUCGUCAAGCCAAUCUGCUACUUCCUUAUUACCUGCAUCUAUUAUGCUUCCACCAACGCCAGGUGUGAGGAAAGAGCAUCAGAUGAACACCAGGCCUACUUUUACCUUUGGAUCCGUCAAGCCGGAUGCUUUGCCCAACCACCAUGAAUGGAAAGAUGAUCGUUUGCAUCAAGCAGCCACAGCCGCAGCCACCCCGACCACCACCAGCGGUCUUUAUAGCUCGAACCUCAUGAAUGGAAUUGAAAGGCUUGAGAUUUGUGACAACCAACAACAGGAAAACCAGUUACUUUGUAAUACUCCUCCAGUUCAACCGCCUAUUGGCGGCAUCGUAGAUGAGUUUCCCCACAUUGAUAUCAUCAAUGACCUGCUCGACGAGGAACAGAGCGCCAUGGGAAGCGAAGCAAGCAGCAGCAAUCCAUACUACCCUCACCACCACCUCCACCCGUCGUUCGGCCGCCAAUAUUCUUUCCCCGGUGACAUUUCUUCUUCUGAUCUGGGCUUGUUAACUAACAACAACUCAGGCAGAUAUGAACAAACCGAGCAGUAUUAUGAUGAUGGCUAUCAGAACAUCUACAGCAGUUCGUCUGUAAGCCCUCUGCAUAGGCUGAGAGAAGGACAAUUUCCUCAACUGGAUCUUUCGGCAUCAUAUGCCGUUAGUCCCAUGGAUGGAAUGGUUCAGAUCCCUUGGCCUUACAGCCAUACCGAUCUUUCAACGGUAAAUCUGGGCAGUGCAGGCACUGAUGCUUAUUCUUACCAACAAUUCUCAGACUAUUCUAGUCUAGGGAGGGGGACAAAUGGAUAUGGAAUGUAUCGGCCUUAAUGACAAUUACAGGAUGAUUUAUCGUUGUUUAAUCACUAAUAAUGUUGCAAUGGAGGUGAUUGAAGCGUCUUAGUAUAGAAUUUGAGAGCUGUAAUCCUUCUCUGCCGUUUCAAAGGUAGAACCAUUUGAUAGAGCGAUUCUGCAUUUUGUCAUUAGUCUUCAUGACUCUCGUGCUUAUGAGGGCUUGUUGUAGGUUGUAUCAAGUUUUUCAGUUGGUUAGAAAAGGCAAAUGGCUUGAGCUUUUCAGAUUGAGCUGUGGUGGUGCUGUUGCAUGCGAUGUUGAUUCAGAAGGUAAUCUUUCAUUGUUUUUCCUCAAUGAAGUAAGUUCUUCUCA